AUGAUGCUUCCGUUCAACAGACUCCCCAAACAGCUACUGUCGCAGUCCCCCCUCACGUUUGUCCGCUACAAAAGAUACAAGAAAUGGGAAGAACUCCCACCGGUCUCACCAGCAACGCAAAAGAUUGUCAAUCAACUCUCGAUCCUCUCCGCGUCCAAGAAACAGCCCAAGCUCCUCACUUUAUGCAAUGAGGACCUAGUCAAGCAUCGCACGAUUAUGAACGCGUGGAAGUUGGUGCAGCAGAAGAAACAGCAACAUCGCGAACAACAACUCCAAUUGCAGUACCAGAGCAUACAUGACGCCAUGGAGGAUUUGAAGAUGGUGAGCCCCGAGUUGUAUCUGGCUGCUGGCGGCGAUGGCAAGGUUGAUACUGGUGCAAGCAAGAAGUUUGCGCGGUUCCCUAUUGAGAUGCGGGUGCCUACUGAUUUCCCGCCGACCAAGCCGUGGAUCUACGAGUAUUCGCCAAAGUCGGAAUCCUGA